AUGGCAUUUAAGGUAAUUGCACUCGUUGCUUUUUUGGCCGUUACCCUUGCCCGCCCUCAGAACGGCUAUGGCGUCCCAACGCCCUCUUCAGCACCUGCCAAGUAUGACUUCAACUAUGCUGUCAACGACCCACCAUCUGGCAACGACUUCGGCCAUCAGGAGGCCCGAGAUGGUCCUAACACUCAGGGUUCCUACUAUGUCCUCCUUCCCGACGGUCGUCUUCAGAGGGUCACCUACACUGUGAACGGUGAUUCUGGCUACUUGGCCGAUGUCACCUACGAGGGCGAGGCCUCCACACCACGUCCCUAUACACCCGCCCCUCAGUAUUCCCCGCUAAUGGCCUUAGCUUUUGAUGCGGCAGGAAUAAUCAGAUCUUAUCAGAAGUCUGAAGUCGUUUCCAUAUGUUUUGCCGGUGUUACUGAGGUCCUUCUUGUGGAGGGAAACAUUCCCACUGCAUCAGAUAUUCUGUCAUCUCACACCAUGGCAUUUAAGGUAAUUGCACUCGCCGCUCUUUUGGCCGUUGCCCUUGCCCGCCCUCAGAACGGCUAUGGCGUCCCAACGCCCUCUUCAGCACCUGCCAAGUAUGACUUCAACUACGCUGUCAACGACCCACCAUCUGGCAACGACUUCGGCCAUCAGGAGGCCCGAGAUGGUCCUAACACUCAGGGUUCCUACUAUGUCCUCCUUCCCGACGGUCGUCUUCAGAGGGUCACCUACACUGUGAACGGUGAUUCUGGCUACUUGGCCGAUGUCACCUACGAAGGCGAGGCCUCCACACCACGUCCCUAUACACCCGCCCCUCAAUAUGCUUAA